CGUCAUCGGGUGUGAAUUCAGAAACAUCUUUCUCUUUCGACGUUCAGGUAGUGAAAAGUUGGCUGCGUGUCCGUUCGUUCUGCUAUUUUUCGGCUAAAUUGCAAGUAAAUCUUAAACUUAAGCAUCAAAAUGUAUGCUAACGACGAUUACGCUGAUGGGGGAUACGAUGAUUACGGAUACGAAGCGGGUGCAGCGGAUGAUGGUAUGUACGAUCGGUCUUAUUAUCCGAUGCAUGACGACGUCAAACGGUUCCUGGUGUACUUCUCCAAUGUAAUUAAAAAUGGGGUUGUGUACGAAAUCCAGAACCUCUACGAGAACACCUUUCCUAAGCUGAGUGAGCAGCAUUUUGAGAAAAAGGCUUGGCCAAGCGAGGAAGAGGUCUCCCACUUGGUGGACAACGAUAGUUUGUUCAUGAUUCUUUACAAGGAAUUGUACUAUCGCCAUUUGCAUGCUCGAAUCCAAGGUGGCCCAUCACUGGAUCAACGUUUGAAUUCGUUCUAUAAUUAUUGUAACUUUUUCAACUACAUUUUACCGUCCAAGGAACCGGUCCAAUUGGAGCUGCCUGAUAUCUGGCUAUGGGAACUGAUUGAUGAAUUCGUGUAUCAGUUCCAAAACUUUGCUCAGUAUAGAGCGAGAUUGACGGAUAAGACCGAUGAGGAAAUGGAUAUGCUAUUGAACAAUAAUAGCAAAGUAUGGAACAUCUUAUGUAUCCUGAACGUUUUGCACUCUUUGGUCUCGAUGUCCAAAAUCAAGGAUCAACUGGAGGCUGCUGCUGCCGGCCGUGAUCCAGAAGAGGUUGCUGGAGAGUUUGGUCGUCAUUCUUUCUAUAAAAUGUUGGGAUACUUCAGUCUGGUUGGACUUCUGCGUGUCCAUUCCCUGCUUGGUGAUUAUCAUCAAGCCAUUAAAGUACUUGAGCCAAUUGAAAUCCAUAAGAAGACUCAGUACUCGCAUAUUCCGGCUUGUCAAAUAUCUACUUCCUACUACGUUGGAUUCGCAUAUAUGAUGAUGAGACGUUAUUCCGAUGCUAUUCGUACAUUCUCAUCGAUUCUGCUGUAUAUCCAACGUACAAAACAAUUGUACAGCACCCGUUCGUAUCAGAACGAUCAAAUUAACAAGCAAACUGAUCAAAUGUACCACUUGUUGGCCAUUUGCUUGGUACUGCACCCACAGUGCAUUGAUGAAUCGAUCCAACAGGUGCUUCGCGAAAAAAACUAUCACGAUAACAUGUACAAGAUGCAGUGUGGCGACUUGGACACCUUCCGUAACUUUUUCAUCUUCGCUUGUCCUAAAUUUGUUUCACCGGUUCCUCCGCCAGCCGAUGCUCCCAUUGACGAUUACGUGAAGGAAGCUCUCGAACACCAGACCAACGUUUUCAUGGAUGAAGUACGUCAGCAACAGGAAUUGCCAACCAUUCGCUCUUAUCUUAAACUGUACACGACAUUACCGCUGCUGAAACUGGCCUCUUUCAUGGACCACAUUCCUCAGGAUGAGAUUGGCGAACAGAAGCUGGAAAAUUUGCUAACCCAUCUACUCUGUUUCAAGCAUAAGAUGAAGAAUAUUGUAUGGACCAAAGGGGCUAGCGGUUUGGAGGGCAAAUUCCAAUCAGGCUCGGAACUGGAUUUCUACAUCGACAAGGACAUGAUUCACAUCGCUGAUACCAAGGUUUCGCACCGCUACGGGGACUUCUUUAUUCGUAAGAUAAUGAAAUUUGAAGACUUGAACCGCCGUCUCCACAAUUUGAAGGGAUAGACGAAUCGAGCAAUAGAUAAACCACUAAUAUAAGCUGAUAAUUUCAAAUGCAGUUUUAUGUACCCUGUAGGAUAAAUGAUAACAUGGAAGGCAGAAGUUAUGAAAAAAUGAGUAUUCAAGGCGAGAUGGGCAUAGCUUAGAAUUAGCCUCAAAAUCUAGCAACACGAAAAAGCGCAUUGUUCAUCUCGCCUUGCUCUGAUUUUUCAUACCUUCUAAUAAAAAUGUUUCACUUAUCACUACGAUCAUCUAUUAUUCGGACCUAAAUAAAACAGAUUCCUUCGGGACAACAAGAA